AUGAAGAACAUUAAAAAAGGAAACUUUCUGAGAACAUGCUUGAAGAAGUGGGAAAAGAUUGGCAAACCUGCUAAUGAAGCUUGUGAAGAGUGCUAUUGUCUGUGGGCUGCUGCUAACGAGGAAGAGGAAGAAGAAGAAGAAAAAGACUUCAUUCCAAGAGAUGUUCCUAAAGGUCACCUGGUUGUAUAUGUGGGUGAAUAUCAGAAGAGAUAUAUAAUAAAGAUUACAAUUCUCAACCAUCCACUUUUUCAGGCAUUACUUGAUCAAGCAAGGGAAGAAUAUGAUUUCAAUCCAACCUCUAAACUUUACAUACCUUGCAAUGAAAACUUGUUCCUCGAUGUUAUCCGAUGCGCCAACUCUCCACGGGAUCGGAGAAGAAUCUCCUUUUCAGGCUGCUGCUGCUGA